UUGUCGCGCCCGCCCGGCCCGCCCAACCUUUCCCCCUUUUGGUCUUGGUGUCCUUAAGGGGGAGCCGGGUGUGAGGGGAACUCGGAAGGUGUGGAGAAAGAUGGAGGCCGACUCCUCGCAGACUGCAAGUCAGAUGCAAACUGAUUCUUUGUCUUCAUCUCCUAACACUGUGUCGCCAGUGCCUUUAAGUAACCCCACAAGUGCCCCAAGAUUUGGAACAGUCAUUCCUAAUCGCAUCUUUGUCGGAGGAAUUGAUUUUAAGACUAACGAGAAUGACCUAAGGAAGUUUUUUUCCCAGUAUGGCUGCGUGAAAGAAGUAAUAGUAAAGACCAGAGCUGGAGUAUCAAAGGGGUAUGGUUUCAUCACAUUUGAAACUCAGGAAGAUGCACAAAAAAUUUUGCAAGAGGCUGAAAAGCUAAAUUACAAGGAUAAGAAACUGAAUAUUGGUCCAGCAAUAAGAAAACAACAAGUAGGGAUUCCUCGGUCCAGCAUAAUGCCAGCAGCUGGAACCAUGUACUUGACUACUUCCACUGGAUAUCCAUACACAUACCAUAAUGGAGUGGCACAGUACUUUCAUACUCCUGAAAUUGCUUCUGUUCCACAGCCAUGGCCUUCACGUUCUAUUUCCAGUUCUCCUGUGAUGGUAGCUCAGCCUGUGUAUCAACAACCUACAUACCAUUAUCAGGCUCCUGCACAGUGUCUUCCAGGACAGUGGCAGUGGAGCAUUCCACAGUCCCCUGCCUCUCCCACCUCAUUCUUUUAUCUGCAUCCUUCUGAAAUUACUUAUCAACCACUGGAAAUUACACAAGAUGGUGGAUGUGUCCCUCCUCUUUCCCUAAUGGAAGCUGCAGUUCCAGAGCCUUAUUCUGAUCAUGGAGUCCAAGCGGCAUAUCAUCAAAUUUAUGCUCAAAGUGCCAUAGCCAUGCCAGCGCUGUGAUGCAACCGGAUUUCAGUUAAAGAAGGCUUAUAAAUACAUUACAUUAGGGGAUACAUCUGUGAGGAGAAUUUUUCUCAUCCUUCGUCGAUGACUUUGAAGCCCGCUAUGCAACGUAGUCCUCACUUUCAUCCUAGAAAGAUUACAGAGCAGGAUGACACAAUCUUGCUACUGCCUUCCUCCACAGACUCCGUUAAAUAGAACCUUAGGUAUUUACUCAAUAAUGAAUACAUUAGCACAUAAAAGGUAUGUAUUUUGUAGCUCAUCAUAUUUGUCAAUAUUGGUAAAUCAAAAUGAGCUACUUUUUGUAGGAAAUACAAGACCUUACUUGUAAACAUUCAGUUAAUAAACAUUAAUCACAGCAAAAUCAUGGUUAACCCUUAUCAUUUGUUAUACAUACAUGGUGACACAUACUUGUAAUUUGUAGGCCAUGUAUGUACUGUUUAUUAAUCCAGCACAUUUCUGUUCAGAAACAAACUUUGAAUUC